AUGGCCACUGCUCAGCUGCACAGGAAUUGUAUGAGUGCAGUGAUAUUUCCUACUAAGAUUGCAACUGAGCAACAAUCCUUGGUGUUGGUGAAGAGGCUCCUAGCUGUUUCUGUAUCCUGUAUAACAUACUUAAGAGGAAUAUUUCCAGAAUGUGCCUAUGGAACAAGAUAUUUAGAUGAUUUUUGUGUCAAAAUUCUGAGAGAAGACAAAAACUGUCCAGGAGCCACUCAGUUAGUGAAAUGGAUGCUAGGAUGCUAUGAUGCUUUGCAGAAAAAAUAUCUAAGGAUGGUUGUUCUAGCUGUAUACAGCAAUCCAGAAGACCCUCAGACAAUUUCAGAGUGUUAUCAGUUUAAAUUCAAGUAUACCAUCAAUGGACCAGUUAUGGAUCUCACGAGUAAAAGCAAAGGCAAUUAUUCCAACGUGUCAUCUUCUGACACAAAGAAAGCAAGUAUUCUCUUAAUUCGCAAGAUUUAUAUUCUGAUGCAGAAUCUGGGGCCUUUACCCAAUGAUGUCUGUUUGACAAUGAAACUUUUUUACUACGAUGAAGUUACGCCACCAGAUUACCAACCUCCAGGUUUCAAGGAAGGUGAUAGUGACGGAGUAUUAUUUGAUGGGGAACCCAUGUACCUAAAUGUGGGGGAAGUUCCAACACCUUUUCAUACCUUGAAAGUGAAAGUGACAACUGAGAAAGAUCGAAUGGAGAGCAUUGAUAGAGCUAUACUAACACAGAAACAGUUAAAAACACCACUACAGAAAAUCCUGAUGGAUAAUGAAGAUCUAGAAGCAGAGGAACAGGUUAUGAAUGAAGAUUUUGUCACUAGAGAUAAAAUGAGAGAGCAAGAAAAAAACUACGAGUCUUCAGAUGUUGGAGAAUCCAGUUUAGCUUGUGAAGAAGAUGAAAUUAUGAGGUCUGAAGCUGAAGAAAGCCCAAAUCUUUCCAUCACUUAUUCUCAGGUUGAGCAGUUGAUCAGUAAGACAUCAGAACUUGAUGUGUCUGAAAGCAGAACAAGAAGUGGAAAGGUUUUUCAGAAUAACGUGGCUUACGAAAAUCAGCCAAUGAAGAUAUGUAAAGAAACUAAGAAGAGAAAUCGACCUGAAUCAGGGAGAAAGGUCCUCCGACUAUUUGAAUCUUCCUGUAGUCAAGAUUCAGUGCCAAAAAGGAGAAAGUUUAGUGAACCAAAGGAUUACAUAUAG